GAACCGCGAUGGCGGGGCUCGGGGCGACCCCCUGAGAGCGGGGGGGAUCGGGGAAAGAGCCGUUAUCCUGGGGGGCGGCCCCAGGCACUCCCCGCCGCACUCCUUGAUGGGGCCGGGGCCGUGCUGUCCCUCCCGAGGGCGGGACGCUGGCGGGUCUCCGCAGGCCCCGGGUAGCGGUUGGUGGGUCUCUGUCGCUUCUCAGGGCGGGAGACACGCACAGGAUCAGCGGAGAUGUCUCGCAGGCGCCUUUAGGGACCACAUUUCCUUUCAGCGCCUCGGUGCUAUCUCUGCGGCCGCGUGUUAGAGGGCGGACACCCUGAAGCCUUGGGGCAGGGGCUGUGUGGCAGCCAGGCGGGACUCGGGGGAGCCGUGUGUAUGUAGGCAUUGGUCUUUUGAUCGCACCCGGGGUUGGUAGUUGAGCUCAUCUCAUUCUCUUGUCUGUACAGGGGACUUUAGAGAGCAGGUAAAUUCUGGGUUGGGAAAGGUGAAAAUGGGAUGUACGGGAUUUUAGGCAGGUGCUUCAGAAAAGGCAAGUAAACCCACUGAACUCACAUGGCUGUCUUACACCUUUUGUGUAAGAGGGUUGCUGAGUGAAUAAUUUUUAAAGGCUUUAUUAUACGCAGCCUGAUAACUUUGUUUAACCUUUUCCUGGUAUUGGAAUCCAAUGGAGCUUCACUCUUACCUCUGAGGUGACCGAGGAUUUGGGCUUGCCGUAUCUAAAGCAAUUGAUUAAAACAUUCGAUGUUUUAUCCUGACUGGUAACUCUUGCCUGGGUAAAGCUCUUCAGUUCAGGAAAUAGAACUCUCUCGGGGUUGGACAAAGUGGGAACAAAAAAUUCUGCUGCCUUCUCUUCCAAGUUAAAGAUGUGUUUCUGUAAAGUAGCCUUUGCUAGUAAAUGUAAAACUGUUUAUGAAACACUGAACUUCUCAAGGGUAGAUUUCUAUGUAGCAGGACUAAUAUAUGCUUGUGUAUGAUUAUUGUUAAUGUUCUUAGAUGGUUUCGGUAGGCUUGCUGCUGUCAGCGCCUAAUGAAUUUGUUCGCUUAACUGAAGGAAAGAUGGACCUAAGUAUAAUGACUGACUAGAAAAUACAGUUUCCAGUGGGAAAUACAGCCCGUAGAAGGCAGAAGUGGUCUGUGGAUCCACGGAAUAGCGCUUGGAGUAAAGAUGACUCUAAAUUUGGCCAGAAGAUGCUGGAAAAGAUGGGCUGGUCCAAAGGAAAGGGUCUUGGGGCUCAGGAACAAGGAAAUACAGAACAUAUCAAGGUUCAGGUGAAAAACAACACGCUGGGGUUAGGAGCAACCAUCAAUUACAAGGACAACUGGAUUGCUCAUCAGGAUGACUUCAACCAGCUUCUGGCUGAACUGAAUGAUUGCCAUGGACAGGGUGAAACAGAGUCAUCAGUCAAUAAUCAGAAGAAGACAUUCAGUCUUGAGGAAAAAUCCAAAUCUUCCAAGAAACGUGUCCAUUAUAUGAAGUUUGCAAAAGGUAAGGAUCUCUCUUCGCGCAGUGAAGAUGACCUGUCCUGCAUAUUUGGCAAGCGACAGAAGAGUAUGAAGACACAGGAGGAUACGACCGAUCCUGAGUCUCAGGAAGAGAAGCAGAGAAACGGCUGGGUCUCUGAGCCUGCAGAUGGUUACAAUACGGUGAAAAGUGUUCUCACUGUACAGGAAUAUUUCGCCAAGCGCAUGGCAAAACGGAAGGCAUCCCGGAACGAACCAGAGGCAAAGGUAGACAAUUCCUGCUCAAACGCUGACGAAGCUUUGGAGCCUUCAGAAGAACUGAAAACCAAAGUCAAAAAGAAAAAGAAGCAGAAGAGAGCUGAGGCAGAGAGUACAGAGCACUGCGAGAAACCAAAAGUGAAACAAUCCAAGAUAGGUAACUUGAAUGGAAAGGAACUGGACGCUCCGUUAAAUGAGUGUCACUCAGGGAAAAAGAAAAGGAAACAUAAAGAGCAGCACGGAGAGGAAAGUUGUGAUGAAAAUAUGGGCAAUGGAGAAAUUUAUAUGGGAGUAUCUGACGGGGAAGAUCCCAGCAUAAAGGACUUUGAGGCAACGCAAAAGAAACGCCAUAAGAAGAAACACAAAAGGCAAAAAGAGGAGACAGAAGAGCGUAUGGAAGGAGCGCAGAGAAAGAAAAAGAAGCACGGCAAGCACAUCUAACCCUUUAAGAAUCAAGCUGGGACUCUGGGGUGAUUUGAACUUUGGCGUGUUAGAGGAGAAGGCUGUGCAAACACACCAGCCAGCCACCGCUGUAAUCCAGUCGUGAGCACGCUGCUCUACCUCCAGCUGAAACCAGGGUUUAAAUGUAGCUUUUUUUCAAGGCACAACAUGGUGACGGGGCCAACGUGAGCUUCAGCGCCAUAUUAAAAAGGUGUAGGGCCAAGACUGGCAUGUCUGCAAAGCGAGACUUGAUAAAUACCGGUGAGGUUUUGCCUCUGCCAGCCUGCUUCACCGUGGUGGCUUUCCAAGAGCUACGUCUUAACAGAGCAGAGCCUGUGCUGCCUUCAGCCCACGUUCCCUCCGCUGCAGCUCCGCUCAAGUCAGGUAACAGCAAGCAAAAUCAGGCCUGGUUUUAACCGCUGGGGUUAAGAAUGCGAAAAAGCAAUGAAUUACCGUCCGCUGCUUCACACCGACUGUGUUUUUCUCAAUCCACAGGGAAAAAAAAGUCGCCCUGCUACUGCCUGUAUUACUAAAGCCACUGUUGUUUUCACCUGCGAUAGCCCAGCUCUGCUUCUGGCAACAGGAGGGGUUUUACAAAGCUCUAUGUAUUUUUUCACUGAUUUUUGCAAAGUCGUGUCUAAUUUUUUCAUUGAUCUCCUUUUACAUCUAACAUGAAUGUUGUUUCUUCCCAAAAAUACUUAUUCGAAUGAAAGGUUUACGCCUGAAUACUCAUUCAAAUUCUGUGUCAGUUCUACAGAAUGAAAUAAAAAUACCUGCCUUUGUUUCCUAGCCGGUCGUGAGCUAUUGUCAAGCGCUUGUAGGUUUGCAACCAAGCAAAAGGAGCUGUGCCUUUAUUACCCAUAUCUAAACCUUUGGUUCCCAGGCAGCAUUCCGGUUACCUUCAGUGGUGCAUCUGGAAAUCAGAAAGUUGUCUUGGAUGGAGCAAAGUUUUCUGUGAAAUUAGGAGACCUGACAGAUUUUAAAAGCAGAGCUGAUGCGAUGUGUUAGUAUUGAAAAUCUGCAAUUUAGAUUUAUAACCAAAUUAGAGCUUGUUUCUAUUUGCAAACCUGGAAAUAAGUAAUGCUGGAACUCGGCGGCUUAAACAUCGGGGGUGGAUUUUGGCAUCUGAGUCUCUCUCAGCCAAGUGCUGUCGGCAGAGAUGGGUGAGCUUGGAAGUUAAGCGGUGGAAUGGGGAAGAAGCUUUCACUGUCACGACACAAAGCUGUGGGGGGGCGGCUGACACACCGGAAGGCUGUGCCACCAUCCAGAGAGACCUGGACAGGCUGGAGAGUUGGGCAGAGAGGAACCUUAUGAAAUUCAACAAGGGCAAGUGUAGGGUGCUGCACCUGGGGAGGAAUAACCCCCCGCACCAGGACAGGUUGGGGCUGACCUGCUGUAGAGCAGCUCGGUGGAAAGAGACCUGAGAGUCCUGGUGGACAACAGGAUGACCGUGAGCCAGCAAUGUGCCCUUGUGGCCAAGAAGGCCAAUGGCAUCCUGGGCUGCAUCAAGAAGAGUGUGGCCAGCAGGUGGAGGGAGGUUAUCCUCCCCCUCUACUCUGCCCUGGGGAGGCCGCACCUGGAGCACUGGCUCCAGUUCUGGGCUCCCCGGUUCCAGAAGGGCGGGGAACUGCUGGAGAGGGGACAGCAAAGGGCUACCAAGAUGAUGAGGGGACCGGAACAUCUCUCUGAUGAAGGAAGACUGAGAGAUUUGGGUCUCUUCAGCCUGGAAAAAAGACGACUGAGGGGGGAUCUUAUCAACGCUUGUAAAUACUGAAAGGGUGGGUGUCAGGAGGAUGGGGCCAGGAUCUUUUCAGUGGUGCCCAGUGACAGGACAAGGGGUAACGGGCACAAACAUGACCAUAGGAAGUUCCAUCUCAACAUGAGGAGGAACUUCUUUGCUGUGAGGGUGGCAGAGCCCUGGCACAGGCUGCCCAGAGAGGUGGGGGAGUCUCCGUCUCUGGAGACAUUCCAACCCCGCCUGGACGCGUUCCUGUGCCACCUGCUCUGGGUGACCCUGCUCUGGCCGGGGGUUGGACGGGAUGAUCUCCAGAGGUUCCUUCCAACCCCUGCCACUCUGUGAUCCUGUGACUCCUCGAGUCUGGUUCUGAUACUGCUUUGGCCACAGCAAAUUGACGGCACAGCCCUGAAAGCCAGCCAGUUUUCAUGGCAUAAUUCAGCAGAGCUGACCAGAAUUCAGACCCGUUAGCCGCUGGUUUGACUUUGGGCCUGCCUGUGUUUCAUCAGUGUAAAUCUAAAACAUCCCAUUGCCCUGCUCUGCUGAAUAAAACGGGGACGUUGUUUUAUUGUCUCAGCUCAGUUGAGUUGCUUAACGUGGUUUGAAAAACAUUGUCAAGAUGCAGAUGUUAAUACGAAAAAAUUUCCUUAAGCUGCCUUUAUUGUCCGGGGGGAGAAACUUACUCGGAAGCAGAGAGUCCACACGCCUUCCGAUGUUUUAGCUGCAGCUCAACUCUUCGUUUUUAAAAUAUCUUGGUGCACCUUUCUUGCCCUCAGGACGCGCUCAUUCAUUGCAGCGAAAUUACUGUAGUUUUAGGUAUUGUAAGGGAAGAACAGGAUGCCUUUCUCUGUGCUUCACGCUGACGUGCCAGUAGUUUUUAAAGCUUUUAAACCUUUAAACCUUGCUUUUCGGCGCUAUACAAAUAUUAGCCGUUACGAUGCCGCUGUGGCUGGGCUUGUUCCCUGCCUUCCUUAAACGAAAUACCAACUAAUGCCAUGAGGUUGCUGUAGAGUUGAGUAAGCCUCAUGCUCAGGGUGCAAAAAAUAUUCUCAACGGAAGCAGACAGCAAAAUAUAUAUAUAUUUUUUUUAAUGCUAUAUUGAAGCAUCCUAAGUUUUGUGGGUGCCCCUCAAAGCAGCUUUGCUCGCUUCAUCCCCAGUUUGGAUUUUUGUUUGUUAGUAAAAGCCAAAAGCUUGACUGUUUCCAGUGAUUUUUAUUUUUUUUUUUUUAAAUCUUAAGCAGCUGAACUUUACAGUCUCUCUGGGAUUUCAAUUUUAAAAGGUGCUAGUCAAGGAAUAGGGUUUCUUUCUCCAGAUACUGCUGGGCUUGUUUGUUUGUUCUCCGUAUUAAUCGCCCGUGAGUUUCUGUGUGCUAAUUCUUCGGAGUGUUUGGCCAGCUUCCAGCGUUAGUUACGGAAAGAAUAAAACCAGGAGUAAAUCUUGAAAUUUACGGUGUUGCUGCGAUUAAGCGCGGCGUCCCUACGACCUAAAUCUGGCUCAGCUUGAAAUCUCGGCUACAAAUAGAAGAUUCUCGAUGUGUCCAAGAAGUGGGGAUUUCACUUUAUGCCGGGAAACGUGGGACUUGGAUAUGCCUCAGGCUCAAAGAGAAGUAGCGUGUGCAGAAUGUGAGUUUUAGGGGAAAAAAAUAAGAGCCUAACGUUUGAAAUGAGAAAUUCACUUUGCUGCUCUGCUCUGUGUGUGUUAGUGGUUGGCCAACUUUGCGUUACUCGACGAAGAGCUCGUCUUACCAGAUACUGUCUAGUGACAUGGAUGGUGGAAACAAAAGGAACACAUUUCAAAGUA